AUGUCUUACACUUGUGAAGUCGGCGAACGCGGUGGCGUAUCCACCGUUACCAGUUUAAAUUCUAAAUCCAACACAACAAACCUAAAUAGUAAGCCUCUCAUUGAAGAUCCUAGAAAAACAAAACAAAACAACAUACUCCACAAACCCCACCCAAUUGACCUCCCUGACCUUCACAAAUAA